UGCGCGGUUUGAAGAGCGCCUGACAGCAGAGGAUGGCAGUGGGGUGGACAUCGCUGUUCGUGUGCAAGUUGUAGAUGAAAAGCGGACCUGUGGCGAGUAAAAAAGUGACACCGCUCAACUCUUUCGUGAAAGUCAUGCGCCUGUUGAUCUGUCUGUCGUCUGCGCUGAUUUUCUGCAGAAAUGGGAAAGCGACUGGAGAGUUCGCUCCGCCUGGACACUCUCUGCAUGUCAAUGACGGGAACUUUUCAAAGCGGGAUCACAUGAAACAAGAGCCCUUUCAGCGCCACCAACAAGGGCUCGAUCCCUUGUCAGGUUCUGCCUUUAACCUAAAGGUCCAGGUCAGCGACAUGCUGAGUCGUCAGUACCUGAGCCAGGCAGUGGUGGAGGUCUACAUCAACUACACCAGGACCAACACAGCUCUUACUGGGGAGGACGGUGGUGUUUUACUUCAUGUACCUUACCGAACUGAGACGCCAAUCACAAUUGUGGCCAGCAAGGAAGGCUACAUUUGCACACUGCUGCCUUGUAAAACCAAUAGAAUGCCAAUAUUUUCAUCCGUGACCAUGUCACUACUUGGUCUGAGUCAGGGGAACAUCUGGCUCUUUGAUGAUUCUGUCCUGAUCACUGGCAAAACAUCUGAUGCUUCGUUGCAGCCCAUUGUCCAGUUUCCCAAGGGCCUGCUGAACCUGACAGACAGCAGUAAUGUCACCUCUGUUAAAGCCUACCUGACUGUUCCCAAGCUGUCGUCAGAGGAGGGCAGCUUUCUUAACACUGUGGGCAUCAUGAGCAGUAAAUCAGGAUACGUCAGUGUGGAGCUGAGUCCGGUGGCGGCUGUUAGUGUGCAGCUUUUCUCAGGAGACACAGAGUUACAUGUGAGCGGGCCCAUACGCAUCAGCCUCAGCAUUCCUGACAGCCGUGCACUUCAGAGUUCAAAUGUUGUUCCAGCAUGGUUCUUUAACCGGACGACUGGUGGAUGGAUGAGGAAGGGACUAGGGACGGUGGUGUCAGUGGAAGGAAAGCUCGUGUGGACAUUCACAGCUCCUCACCUUGGUUACUGGAUAGCAGCACCUCUGUCAUCCACCAGAGGUUUCUUUGGACUUGCCAUCCCCACUGACUUCAUCUUGCGCCAUUCGUCUGUCCUGAUGGUUAUCCUCGGAGGAAUGCUUGUUAUUGUCAUCUGUCUUCUGUUUGGGUUAUUGUUUUAUCGCAGAAGUUCGCCCAGUGAAAGUAAAACAAAGAAGACCCUACCAGUGAUGAGGAAAGACCAAACCACCUCCACAUGUGAUGAUGAAGGGGACUCCUCUCAUCCGCGGGAUGGACUGCACCAAUCAUUCACAGGAAGGGGGGAUAAUCGGCACAAUGCCUCCGUUAUGUAUAUGCACAAUGGCAAUGUAAUAGCCAACCCCAAUGCUGUGGCCAUUACGUUGGAGUGUAACGAACUGGUGGAGCUUAACACUGACAUGAAUGAUCAGAUGUGUUUGCAUAAAACUACAGAGCAGAUCAGAGUUCCGGCCUCCCUGACAGAGAACUUGUUUCUCUACAACCAGCCUGUUGCCAUUCUUCACGCUCCAGCGUUCUUCCACUUGGAGGAGCAGCCAGAGCAGCCCCAGUGGAGCAGGCCGGCCACUCUUCCCCGCGCAGGGGCUUCGAACAGUGCUGCCACCGAGCCGCUGAGUAAAGACAGCUUCACCCAGACUCUACCAAAAGGUCCAUCUGCCACCCAGAACCAGGCAGUAGAAACUGAGGACCAGCUUAGGGCACUCGAGGGCUCUCAGGCAGUGACCUCCACCAACACAUCCAGGGGUCACUUCAGCCUCCCAGAGUCAGUGUCGGUCCCUGGAACAUUAAAUAAAAUCGUGGACAGCAGACACUCGGUGCAUGCCUUGGGAGAACUUUCGAAAAUCCCCUCACUUCAGCGUCCUCGCGCCUGGUUUGUAUCACUGGAGGGCAAACCUGCAGCUGAGAUCCAUUACGCUGUGUCAGAGCAGCAGAGGAGGCGAAUGCCAGUUGAGAGUCGAGAAACCAGCUUAGACUCAGGAGUGGACAUGAGCGAACUGAACCAGACGUCUGGGAGGAGGGCUGUAACUCUGGAGCGCAAUGCUACUUUUGUCAAAAGCACAUCCGGCAGUAAACAUGCACCUCCACAGUAAAAACUUUUAACGCCUCCAUGCUCCACUUCUGUCUAUGACAGGUGACUUAUUUACCUCAUUGCUUCAUUUAUUACAUAUUAAUGUCAAAACGCCAGACCAAGUUGGGGGUACAGGCCCAUUUCCACCAUCAGAUUCCACACAGUCCGCGUUGCAACUGUUGUGCAUGUACAAAAGUGUAAGCAGUCCAAAGCAGAGCAUGUGGACUUAGAUCCCAAAUAAGUGUCACACACUUGUUGCUUUUUACCACUAGAACCGCCUAAGGGGAACAUUUACUGUCUUAUCUCUCAUCUCCUGCCUCAGGCGGUUGUAAUUAGAAAUAUAAAAUUUUGCAAAGUGUCAAACAAAAACAUUUCAUACUGAUCAUGUUCAUACUUCCAGUUGCCCUAUUUGUCCACCGCCAAUGUGACAAAGACAGCAGUGUGAUUGGGAUCAAUGACCAGAGGUCAAACACUGCCAUAAUAAUAAUAGACAGACUACCAUGGCUAACUUAACAUGACUGGAUGUUUGUUAUUUUAACAAUGUCGUUUGAUUUGUAUUUGUGCAUGUUUCUGUGUAUACUGUCAUGAAGUGAAUCAUUUCAUUAUAUUUUAAUACAAAAAAUCUGACCUUGGCCUUUUUAGUAGCGUACUAUAUGCAAUAUGCAAACUAUGCUGUGUAAGUGCUAUUUGCUACUUGUUUAUUAUUAUAGUCAAAAUACAAGUGACCACAGAUGAGUCACUUCCUCUUUCCAAAUACAGGACAGCAAUUGAAACUGAAUUGUAGUAAUCAUCAUUAUUAAUGUUGAUAUUACCUGAGCAGCUCUGGGGUUCAGUAAUUGGUGGUUCCUAUUUUAUGCUGUAGAGAAAGGGAAUGUCUGCUGACGGCUCACGACUUUGUUUUAUUGAUUUCAUUAAGCGUUGAAUAUGAAGGCCUAUUGCUCAAUAUUUGUAAGAAAAUUAAUUUUCAUUUUCUGAAAAGAAAAAGAAAAAGAAUUCAUUCAUACUGUAUCUUGUUCCAUUAUACCUAUCUGUAGUUUAAGUUUGGGGGCUGCAGGCUACCUACUGCAUACACUGAACAUCGGUUAGCAGCUUGAGGAGGCUUUAGGCUCGAACGGAAAGUUCAAGUUCAAAUCACGGAGUUCAUUCAGUGUUCAAACUAAAAGCUGACACGUGACAGCGUUAGGCCCCGGUCUGCCUCCAUACUGCUGGAGGAUAGCGCGCUCUCCGCUGCACUGUGCGCCACACGGGCCGGGUGAGACACCGAGGAAGUGAACGCAGGAAGCAGCGAGCUUUUUGGUUUCUGUCGACUACAAGCAGGAAACGCUUGUAUUUCAUCUUUAGAUCCAUUUUUAUACCUGCAGUUUUUCUUCAACUACAGUGCGAUAAGUCACCAAAUAAAGAUCAUGGACAAGCUGAAGUCACAGCAGGACAAACUUUGUAAGUUGCUUUCCAGUGACCCUGAUUACAUCCUACAGGACUGUGGGGACAUUUUAUCUAUGAAUGAAUUCCGAGAGGUAGGAAAGCAAAGCAGUGCGUUAGACAAGACGAGACUGCUUUUGAAAAUAAUCAUUCAAAAGGGAGGAGAUACCUGUCAGAGAUUCUUUGAGAUUCUGAUAAAGCAUCAAGCACAUUACCACCAAUUGCCACAGCUUCUCCAGCCUAACACUGCAGGGUCGUCCACUCCGACAGUGUUUGCUGAUCGUAACAGUGUUGUUACUGUCAGAGAAAUAACAAAUAUGAAAGGAAAGUCAUUCAGCAUGAAAAUUGAAACAGUGAGUGACUCAGGAAGCAGUCCAUCUGGGAAUGUUGUUGGACAUGUUCCCCAAGCAGAUUACACUGCAGUAGGAAACAGUGUCGUAUGUGCAGAUAAAAUAUCUGGUAUCAACACUGACGGUGAUAUUGAUUUGUCAGUGUGUGUGAAAACAUCACAAGUACGUGCAGGAACAGUAGAUGAGACACUGCCUUCCUCUCAGGGCCCUGCUGUGAAGAUGAUCAUUGAGCACAAGGUGGAGCUGAUUGACUGCCUGAGGGCGGAUCACUCCUUCAUUCUGCAGCAUGUGCAUGCCAAACAUAUCGUCACAGACAGACAAUAUCAGCAAAUUAAGCAUAUUUCACUGCCAGAAAAAUCAGUGACUGACCUGAUCGAUCAGGUGAUUGGUAAAGGUCAAGAAUCCUGCUCUCUUUUUCUUCAAGUUCUCCAGGAGCCUGAUGUUCUCAGGACCUUUCCACAGCUCAGACAAAUUACAAACAAAUGGAGCUAAGCAAUAGUAGAAGCAAUGUCUAAGCUAGUAAUUGUGCUGCAAUUAAAAAACAGAGAAUUGUAGGCUAGAUGUGGAGAAAUUGGCUGUGAAGAUAUGAUGAAUACAUUACUUUAUGUAAUUAUGUAAUAAUGUACUUUAUAUUGUAACAUCAUAUUUUCUAAUGAAAAUAAAACAUUUUAAAUCCA